UUGUGAUCCACCCACCUCAGCCUCCCAAAGUGCUGGGAUUACAGGCGCGAGCCACUGCGACCGGCCUAUUACUCAUUUUCAAUGUCAAACUUUCCUCACAUUAUUUUAAAUACUACUUUUAUUCAAAAUUUCCAAGCUUACAAUUUAUACAAAGUUCUCUUGCCAUUUUACUAUUUGAAUAUUCCAAAAGAUAAGCUAUUGUUUAAAAGGAAGUAGAAAAGCAAUACAGAUUUCAGAUGAAGCCCUGAAAGUAAUUGGAACAGCCGUAAAGAGUUUUCAUGGUGCAGUCAUAUUUCAGGUUAGUGUUAAACAUGUUCUAGCACUUCAGAUCCAGCAUUUCACAGGUAUUGUCUAUGGCUAAGUUUACAAAGUGAGAGGGGGUAGCAAAAAUUAGUAAAUAACAUUGGUAUGUGGAAGGAACAAGAAUGGAAGUACUUUGUGAAUGACAGGUUUUCAAACAUUUUUAUCUAGAUGGUGGUGACUCUGAAAUUUAACUCUUAAACUUCUCUCCUGAACUCCAUUUUUUCUCUCCAACUCUUCCCUGGAUAGUUCUGCUGGAACUUCAACACUCCAAACUGAAUUCAUCACCUGUACCCCAUCCUACUGCAAACUGAUGUUCUUUCCUUUAUCCAUUAAGCUAGUUGGACAUCCCUAUAAAGUGUAUGUUCUGUCUUUUCCUCUCUACCGCUGCCCCCACCAAAACCCCCACCCCCAAUAAUAGAUGCUCAUCACUAUCCCCAACUGCUGCAUUGGUCUCCUAGUUUGGACUCUACCCAUAAAUUUAAUCUUUAUAUUGCCAUCUCUGGGAUGUUUUUCAAGUGCAAAAUUACAAUCAUUUUAAAACCAAAAUUUACUCAUUGAUGUCUUCCUGUUGUCUGAACCUUAGCCAUGAUGAACUAUAGGAACUCCCUAUGAACUGUUUUUGGCCGCUUUGCCUUAUGCUACUCCUUGUUCACUUAUCUAAAAGUCUUACACCCGAGCAAAAAAUUUCCAAUUCCUGUUUUUGUUCUGAGGCCACUGAAUGCAGCACAUAUUAGACUAGUAAUUCAUUCCACUUAUGUGUCUCCGCCAGAAUAAAAUAUUGCCAUUUAGUAUUGUGCUUGGCACACAUACUGUAGUUAUGUCAUAAAUGGUCCUUGAGUGUAUAAAUGAAAGAAUGGUAAUUCCAUAUUUAUAAAGGCUUGAUUUAAUUUUAUGGCUGCUGCUGCUUGAAACAUGUACAGUCUGAGUUGUGUUAAAAAUGUGCUGGGAUUAUAGGCGUGAGCUACCGCUCCUGGCCCAGAUAGGUUCUUGAUUGCUGUGUUGAAAUCCUUAAAGGCCAUUCCCAGAUAAGAGACACGUUCAAAUCACAUAGGAUCAGGAGACUGGUAUUUGAUACUUCCUUGUCCGAUCUCCUCAUUUUAACAUGUUACAUGUUUAAAGGACAAAUCAGUCAGUAGGUAAAAAAUCUUAGGGACAUAGGCUUACCAGCUCAAUAUAAUGAGCUAAUUCAAUAUAAUGAGCUAAUAAUUGACUACUAGAUACUUUUACAUGCAGCUUGUGAAUAGCAAGUUUUCUGCCUGGAUCAAACUGGGGGAGGGGAACACAGGAAAACCUCAGAAAGCAAGCCACCAUAUUUUUUAACACUACUCAGAGACAACAGAAAAGCUAGCUUUGUGGUGUCAGAAAAGCUUUCUUGGACCUUAUCAUUCUAAGAGUUCAGGAAAAUCUAAUUUCAUGUAAAAAUGAGCAAUGGAAAAAAUGUCCAAUCACAUAAAAGGAUUUUGUCAAAAUGGAAUUAUGAAUGCUUUAGUAAACCGUGGAGGAAAUGUCUCUGAAGAAUUUAGAAGAAAGUUGUCAGCAAAGCAUUCAUGGAUGUAGUAUUUGAUCUGGGUCCUCCUUGCUAUCUAAAUCAGUUGGAAUAUUAAGCUAUACUAAUAGUGCAGCUGGAACAGUAGUGGUUCCCUUCUUAUUCUGCAGGAAUGUUUUCAUUCUGACUCUGCUGUUUGAUAAGAGAGUAGGAAAGGGAGGGGGUUAUAAAGCCGUGAUUUAUUCACAAGGCCAUAGGGAAGGACAAGGAACUUGAGAAAAUUGUGACUUACUCCAUGUGGGGUUUCUGAUCCAUCAUCAUCCUUGUUCUGCACUUUCAACCAUAUCCAGCUCAGACUACUGGGCAUAUCACUGUAAUUGCUAUCAAUUGUUUUGCUAGUUGCUUAGUCCCAAAUCAUUAUCAUCUUUUCUGUCAUACCACAUUUAGGUAUUUUAUUCAACAAACGAACUGAAUGCCUGUUAUAUACCAGACACUCUUCUAAAGCACUGGGGAAAGAUACAGCAUGGAUCAAAACAAAUUCCUGUUCUCCUGGAGUGUACAAUUUUGUUUGGUAGUAGGGGAAGCAUAUCUGAAUAUGACGGUAAGUGCUAUAGAGAAAAGCAAAUGAGGGUUAGAAUGGAAAGAGAUGCCCCACUGGCAUGUAAGCUCCAGGAAACAAGGACCUGCCCUGCUGAUUAAGGCAUUUUUCCGUGCUUAGAAUGGUGUCUGCUACGUAGUAGAUAUCCAUUAUUGGUUGAAUGAGUAAAUGAUGUUUACCAUAGAUAAAUUAAAAACUUAUAUUUUCAAAUUAUAUCAGUAGCAGGCACACAUCUUAAGUUGUUAUAUUACUCCAGUGCACGUCUUGCUGAAAUUCAGAAGAGAGAGCUAUUUCGUAUGAAGCCAAUAAUCUCAAAUCAGAAAUGAAAACUGAGAUACCACCUGUCAUCACUUGCCGUCCUCGGCUAAGCCAGGAGUGUCCGACCCAUAUUCGGUAGCCUGGAUACUUAGGUGUAUUUAGUGAACUAACAAAUGAACCCUAGCCACUGCAAAGCUUCAGAACCCUCGGGGGUAGUGCUUGGCUUCUGCUAGUCCCACAGGUAUUUUAAUAUUAGCUGAACAAAUGAAAUAACCAAAAAAUAAAUCGCGACUGUGUCAGGUGAACUUGGGAAGGCGGAUGCGCUUAGGGUCCGGCUGUAGUGAGUAACACACUCCCUGCGAAGAGUCAUAUGGAGUACGAACUCUGGACUGCGAGUCCAGCUCACGGCUUUGUACCUAAAACCUUGCCCUGCGCGAGCGCCGCCGUCCUAACGCGACCUGCCCUGCCCGUCAUCUCCUAUUGGCUGUCUCUCGGAAGACCCGCCUCUUGAGAAGGAAAAGCCGUCGCUUCCCGAAUGCAUGACCAAUCAGAAGCAGCGAUCUUCAGUUUUGCCCAAUGAGACUGGGUACGGGUCCUGGCCCGCGGAGUUUGAUUUCGUCCUGGGAUGCGGAAGUAGCUGGCCCGUCAUGCGGAAGUAGCAGUCCAGUCCUAGGGACGAGAAGGUGGGUUGGUUGGAUGCGGGAGGAGGUGGGCGAGCUUCCCGUAACGUUACUGUGGCUGAACGUGAGGCUCCAGGGCUGGGCACUGGGUCGACCUCUUGUUCCUCGCUGAGGUCAUCGUUACCGCCUGUGGCUGCAAGCCGAGGCGCGCGGGUGGAAACUGGGUCGAGGUCUGGGUAGACGUCUGAGCGAUGUGGACAAGGAGUGGCGCAGUCUGGAAUUUGAUUGGGAAUUCCUAACCCCUCCACUUGAUGUUCUGGUGUCUCGGCUUCAGAGGAAGGCACCAAGAAACUGAUAAUGUUCCUUUGAAUUGGCUUCUGUAUUUGCUUCAUCAAUGUCUCUCAUACUGAAUAUCUUAAGAGAGAUGCUGGAAUAUUUUGGCAUUCCUGUAGACCAGGUUUUGCUGAUUUGGGAAAAUAAAGACUAUGGAUCAACUAGGAGUAUUGUUCGUAUUAUUGGGAAAAUGCUUCCAUUAGAACCUUGUCGAAGACCUAAUUUUGAGUUGAUCCCGCUCUUGAACUCUGUAGACUCUGAAAAUUGUGGAUCUGUGGUUCCUUCUUUUGCUGAUAUUUUGUAUGUGGCAAAUGAUGAAGAAGCCAGUUAUCUCAGAUUUCGAAAUAGUAUAUGGAAAAAUGAAGAAGAGAAGGUGGAAAUUUUUCAUCCUUUGCAGCUAGUUCGGGAUCCACUGUCACCUGCUGUAAGACAGAAAGAAACAGUGAAAAAUGAUAUGCCUGUAAAUGAAGCUGCAAUUAAAAAAAUAGCUGCCCUUGAAAAUGAGCUGACUUUUCUUCGCUCUCAGAUUGCAGCAAUUGUGGAAAUGCAGGAACUGAAAAACAGUGCACAUUCUAGUUCCUUUGGCUUGAAUGACAAGCCCAUUAGUUUGGGCCAGUUGUCAUCAUCGCGGGCUGCCCGUCUGAGUGUGGAGCCGGAUCAGUUUCCAAGUUCAGUGCUUUCUUCUCCUCCUCCUCCACCACCACUUCCUCCUCAUUUUUCAUCUCUCCAGCCACUGAGUUUUCCUCCCGUACAACCAAGAUCUAGUAAUAUUUGUGACUCAGAUAAUCCAGCUACUGAAAUGAACAAACAGAACCUGGCUGCUAAUAAGACCAAUUAUAGUCAUCAUUCAAAAAGCCAGAGAAAUAAAGAUAUUCCAAACAUGUUGGAUGUUCUAAAGGAUAUGAAUAAGGUUAAGCUUCGUGCAAUUGAGCGGUCACCUGGCGGUAGACCCAUUCAUAAGAGGAAAAGACAGAAUUCACAUUGGGAUCCAGUUUCUUUAAUAUCUCAUGCACUUAAGCAGAAAUUUGCAUUUCAAGAAGAUGAUUCUUUUGAGAAAGAGAAUAGAUCUUGGGAAUCUUCCCCAUUUUCUAGUCCAGAAACUUCAAGGUUUGGACAUCACAUUUCACAGUCAGAAGGACAGCGAACUAGAGAAGAAAUGGUCAACACAAAAGCUGUUGACCAAGGUAUCAACAAUACAAGCCUUCUAAACUCAAGGAUUUAAACUCAACUUAAGGUUGAGCCUUAAACUUCUAAAACUUCUUCCUGGAUGAUAAAUUAUUCUUAGAAACUGAUUUGGACUGUUAAAGGCUAAAAGUAGAUGUAUUUAAAGACUUUUCUUGACACAUUUUGCCUACACUUGCUAUGUAAAUAUCUAUGCCUGUCAUUUUUGUUUCCUUUGUUCCUUUCUACAUUUACACUCUGUUCUUCUGUACAUAGAGCUUAAAAUAAACAUUCCUUUUGAACUUG